GUAGCUGACUCGGAUGGCGAACGCAAAUUCAACGGAGCGUCGUUAGUCUUGAAAUUGCGCUUUCGCAGUCUCCCUGCGUGGGAACCGUCGCUCUCUCGGUUCUCCCGCGUGUCUCAUGCCUCUUCCCGAGGUGUGAUCCCUCGUGCUUACCGCACGAUUCGCUCGUCAAAUGAGUCAGCAGCGGGGUGCGACGUCGCGACAACGUCGUAGCAGCAGACGCAGUCCCGCUAAUCAUCGCGAGGCGAGGGUGGCCCGUCGCCGUCAAUCUCAGCGAGAAGGGAAAACGAAUGAGGAAGCGGGGGCGGAAGUACUAUUGCGGCUCCGAUAAUUUAUGAACGCGCGCCGCGCCGUGCGCGCUCGCGCGCGCGCGCCGGAGUGGGUGGGUGUAUACGUGUGUGUGUGCGUGUGUGCGUGUAUGCGUGCACAGUAAUGUAUACGCGACGGCGAAGGUGAAAAUGUUGGCGAAGAUCGCGGCGCGCUGACAUAGGCGACACGACGGAGUCGGACGCGUCUCGUGUACCGUGGACGCAUAGUGAAAUCGACAACAACGACGACAACAGCGAGGACGAGAAUUGGACGGUCGUGCGACAAUCGUUGACGGAGGAGAGAAGCGCUACAUCGACGACCGUCACCGCCGUUGACGUUGAGGUGCCGCGCGUCGCAUUCGGGUGCACAUUGUCGCAUCGUAGCAGCGUUCGCCAGGCAGUGCGUUUACUCCACUUUGCUUCUCGCACUCCUUCACGGUUACCUCGCACGCGCGCGCGCGCGCACGCACGCUCACUCUCUCUUUCUUUUUCUCUCUCUCUCUCUCUCUCUCUCUCUCUCUCUCCGUCUUGAAGUGCCGAGGACGAUCAGCUGUUGUGGGUGUUCCGUACGUCGUGAAGAUGCCCGUCCCGCGAGCUCGGUACCGAGACUGGGAAUACUAAAUAAUGUAAACGUCAAACAGUAUAGGUGCGAAAAGUUGGUUACGACACUCGGAGAUGAGGUGGGUGCACGGUGCCGUUUCAGAAACCUGACGCGCAGUACGUAGAAUACGUGUGAGUAGGAGGUGACGCACGAACGACGAGGAUUAUGACGAGCAGCGCGAGGCUUGCCCAUCGACGUCCGCGCAGCUACACCGGGGUAAAUUGUGCGAUUUCGCCAUGUACAUAUGAUUAUUCGGGUUCAUGCGUUCCCUCACUGUCAGCGGCGAGCGUACGACGACGACGACGGGCGCGGAAGGAAGCACCUCGUCGGCGGAGGAUCGGCGAACGCAGGCCGCCUGCUCCUCUUCCUUCUCCUCCACCACCACCACCUCCUCCUCCUCCUCCUCCUCCUCCUCGUCGCCCGUAACCAGCAGCGACGUCCAGGGGAUGCCUAGCCUACACUCGCUCGUCCUGCGACGGGCACCACUGAUGGACAUGGGUGCCGCGACCAGUUCGGUCACGUCCGUCAACCCAUCCGCUAAAGUCACGGCCAACCAGAAGAAGAUCGACAAGUCCAAACUCAGCGGCAUCAGGCUGCCCCUGAUACGCAAAGAGGCCAGCGUGGUGAACCUGUCCCUGACGGAGAGGACCGGCGUUACGCUGCCGGGCAGAGAGGCGGACGCGCCUCUCCUGCGACCUGAGAGUAGCGCGAGUUUGGAGGCGCGCGGCGGCAGCGGCAGCGGCGACGGUGGCAGCGGUAGUUGGAUGAAUCUGGGUCCCGGCGGCGCGCUCAGGAAGUGCGAGACCGCUGUGGGACUGAGCACCUCGGCCCUCGAGGGCAGACCCAUCAAUCGCAGCAGAGUCUGCUCCCGCUGCUCCAGCCUGCUGUCCCUGGCAUCCAGCUCACGUUACAGCCUAGCCGCUGGUAAUUUUGUCCCUGCGGGCUCACAGCAGACGAUCGGACGGAUAUUUUGUAAGCUGUGUCUCGUCGACACCUCUCUCUCCAAAACGUUUAAGAUCGAUGGAUGCGGUUGUUCCUAUUGUAAAGAUUGCAUGCGUGCCUAUGUAGAGUUUGAGAUUGAGGAAGGUGCAUAUGAAAUUAGUUGCCCCGAUGCUCAGUGUGAUCACGGCGCCAUCCUAUCUUUGAAAGAGAUAUCAAGCCUCGUCAACACUGAACUCGUGGAGAAGCACUGCAAGUUUCGUUUAAAUAGAGAUGUGUCGAUGGACAAGGGACGCGCGUGGUGUCCACGAGCGGGUUGUGAAACAAUAUGUUCGAUAAAUGGCAACAGUGGAAGCGGCACUCCCUUAGGUCCUGUUCACUGUCCCAACUGCUCUACAAAUUUCUGUUCAAUAUGCCGCGAGCCUUGGCACAAUGGGCCCUGUUCAGAUCUUCCAUUAGGAAUACCGUUCGGUAGCGAUCACAUUAAAUGUUGUCCUAUGUGCUCCGUGCCGAUAGAAAAGGACGAAGGUUGUGCUCAAAUGAUGUGCAAAAGAUGUAAACAUGUGUUUUGCUGGUACUGCUUAACAUCCUUAGAUGAUGACUUUCUAUUGCGACAUUACGACAAGGGACCAUGUAAGAAUAAAUUGGGCCACUCACGUGCGUCCGUGAUAUGGCAUCGAACGCAAGUAAUCGGGAUCUUCGCUGGUUUUGGCCUACUUCUACUUGUCGCAUCGCCCUUGCUAUUGUUAGCGGCACCUUGCAUCGUAUGCUGUAAAUGUCGCGUUUGCGGCUCUUCCAGACUCGAACAAGAGGAAGGCGAUACGACGACAUAGGACCUUCCAAACGUUUUAAUAGAUUCUCGCUUAAUUAUUUCCUUGAGAUAAAGUAUAAGCACUCUUCCUAGGCUUCCGCACAUGGGAGAUAAUAUAAUUGGCAACUUAUAUAGAUAUACAUUGCAUUUUGUUAAGUUUACGUUUUAUUUUAUUUUUGCUCCUAGAAGAUAAUAUAAAGGGCAAGAAUGUGCAUAUCUCAGUCAAGAGAGGAGAUAGAUGGGAGUAUAUUGUGAUUAACUAUAUAUUUAUGUUUUAUUUAGACAUUGUUUGGACAAAAUAAGAGAUGUUGUAAUUUGUAUAGUUAUAAUACGUUUAUUUUAUAUAGUCACCUGAUAAGUUUUAUAUGAUGAUUUUAUAAAAAAAGAUAGUCUUUAUGACGAGUCGUAAUUAAUUAUGUGAGUCACAAGCAAGUUUAAUAAUUUACAAAUACUCAUUCAACGAAUUUUUAUACGAAAACAUUCCAGGAAUUUAUUUGCGUAUAUUGGGGAUGUCAGAUUUAUUAUACUGCCGCAAAAGCAUGUUACGAUCGUACGUCGUGAAAAUACUUGUACUGUAAAUUAUAAUUGUGUUUUUGUUGAUUUCUAUGUGAGCUUAUUUUUUAUUGCCCUUGUAAAAUGGCGACCGGGACACCGAUAAUAUAAUUAUUUGGUUUUAUUCAAUUAUUAGAUUAUGUAACAUAACUAAAUUAUAUUGAAAUUAUAUAGUGUGUGUAUAUCUAUAUGUGUGCCCGCAUCGAAUUAUGUGUAAGGCUCGGAUCUACAUUUUUAUAGUAAAACGAAUCUUUGAUCAUGUAAAGUAUUAGAUUGCACAAUAUUCUAUAUUCUUGUUAUCUUAAUUUGUGGGUGCUUUCGUGUUUACUUUGGUGAUUUAAUCGCGCAUGUAUAUUACAUGUACAUUAAUUUAGAACGAGAGUAUAAAAGCAUAGCGAGUAAAAAUAACUAUUACAUACAAAAGAAUCUAUUUCACGUGCAUUUUAUCAUUGAAAUCGAGGGAAUGUUGUUGUUAAUAUGUAUUUAACACGUUAUCGUUAUCGAUCGAUGUGUGAGCUGUGCAGUUAACGUUUGACAUUAAGAAUCUAUAAAUCAAUAUGUGCCAUGUGAUUGCGAGACUCUACUAGAAUUUACUUCCAGAAGCUCGAAAUCCGCAACGAAGCAAAUUCGCUUUACCGAAACGUGUUAAUUACAUUCAUAAUCAUCUAAUACGCAUUAUUAAUUAAAUUUAGAUUAUUGGAGGUCACGGAUAUAAAUAAUCAACUUUGGACAAUAGUUAUAUGUUAUCUUCAAGAAAGAAAAAAACAGAUUCUCUUCGCAAAUAAUAAACAAUAUAAAUAUCAAGGAAACAACAGAAAAACAAUAUAUAUAUGUAUGUGAUUGCAUAAUAAAUAUAUGUGGUAUUUUGUAUAUAUAGUGAAAUGUGGACGCUUAAAUGAUGAAGAGUGUGGAAAGUCGUUACGUUUGGACAAAAAAUGCAUUUCUCGCAAAUAAUACGGUACAGAGAGUUUAGCAGACGAUUGCGUUACUUGAUAAGUUUCUCUGUAGCUGACUUUCAUUAUUUUACUGUCAGAACUGUUGAAAUAUCUCAUUUGUUGUAUUAUUAAUAUCGUAUGUAAAUAAAAAAAGGAAGAUCUACACGCGUACGUGUGCGUGUAUGUAAUUAUGCAUUUGAGUGUGUGUGCACUCGUGUGUUAAGAAAAUAAAGGUACAAUGAACUAGAAGUAA